UUGACAUUUUUUUGACCACCCCACCUGUUUUUGGUCACGCGCGCAAAGAUUUGUGGGUAGCGCACAGGACCAUUCAACACUGGACUUUGAAGAGAUCUGGUACCUACAUGUGACUCCCACCAGGUUUGUGUUGUCCGCCAUUUGCAAAACAACAAGGUAAGCUUUAAUUUGAUACCAAAUUCGACUAUUUUAGAGACGUGUUCGAUUUUUUCUCUUUAUCUAAAAGUAGAAGAUGAUUAGUAUGACUUUUUGGAGAUUUUUGGCUGUGUUUGAGGUUAAUUUUACCGCUUUUAGUGUUGAUUUACGCUAAAUGAAAUCGAUAGGAUUUUAGCCUGUUGUAUUGACUAUUUACACGGAAAAUUUGGCUGACAUUGUUCUUGUUUUACCAAAGUUACACCGGCGAGAUGUCGGGGACCUCACGUUUUCCCAUUGGAGAGUGGGCACGGCAAAGGAAGGAGAAACGACAGGUUUUAGUUGAAGCGAAUAAGUCUAUUCAAGACUUGGAGGGAAAAAUUACAGAGCUAAAGAGAAAGCGAGGGUUAUUAGAAAAUGAAAUAGUGCACCUGCCAAGAGGACAACAUGUUGUAACACCGACCACUCUAGAUGAAAACAACAGUGACAAGUGUGUUGGUUUGUCACACAACAUUUCAGCUAAGAGAAGAAAGCUUACGUAUGAUUGUGCCAAGAAAGUUCACUCUACGCCAAGUACAGAACCUGAAGGUCAAUGUGCAACUGCCAAUGGACUUUGGAGCACCUUGGUUAAAAACUGUAAAACUAAAGUAGUCAUUGAUGUACUGAAAAAGUCAAAAACUGUUUGUAAAACAGUUGUCCCACAGAUUGUGGCUAAAUCUGUAGCUAAAUUUGAAAAGUCCUCAACAAAUUUUCUCAGGUCUGUAAGUGUGCUAUACAGGGGUGGAAUUCUUAGUAAGAGAAAAUAUUGUAAUAUAAGAUCUUCAGAAGUCUUUGAUUAUGACAUCCCAACAAAGAAGCGAAAGCGCACAGAGUUUAAAGAGGGUUGUAGAUUACCUGCACUUGUACCUUACAAGGAGCUGAUGAAAUUUAUAGAGGUACAAGAUAUUGGAAAACUUCAUAGCAUACCGCAGGCUACAAUAAGCUGGUUGAUUUAUUAUUUCGUAUUUCCUAACGGUUUUAUUUUACGAGUAGAGGAAUUGUUAUCUUUUCCUACUGUUUCUUGA